AUGGUGCAAUAUCUGGUCGCGUCUGCCGUCUCGGAGGUCUUCAUGACGCCCUCCGAGCCGCUGGUGGCGUACAUGGACCAGCACCUCAAGGUGGUGUGCCACGUGCCGGGGCCGUACUGUGGCGGCACCGCGCUGGAGGCUGCGACGCCGCUCGCCGCGGCGCGCGAGCGACACGGCGAUUCGAGGGCGCACGUGCGACACGGCGACUCGUGCGACCGGCGGCGGGACGAGCCCGGGCCGUGGAACGCGAUGUUUGCGCUCGACGAGAAGAAGGGGAAGCUCGAACGAGUCAACUACCGGGACGUGAGCAGACUCCACUCGCCGAAGACUUCGACCGACGCCCGCCCGAAAGGCGUGCGCACCGUGCUGCUCGCGACGGACGACCACGACGGCACAGUUAUGAGGGAGGAGCUCAACUUUGUCUUGCUCGACUUCCCUCGCGGCCAGUUCCAGAAGCGCGGGUGGAUGGAGUUCCGCCAGGACGACGUGGACGAGCACGUCCCCUUCUCCAUCGCCGCCGCCAUCGAGCUGCUCUCGCGCGCCGACAUGCUCGUCGGCAACAACACCCCUCGCACGUGCAACAUGGGCUCGCACGUGUCCCGCAUCGUCUACGACAAGAUGGUCGGCGCGAGCUCGACCUCGCAGCUGCCGCCCUUCAUCUCGGUCGACGGGUACGGCCUCUGCUGCGACUUCACCGAGGAGUGCACCAAGGAGGCCAUCACGCAGCGCCGCCGCGACGCGCGAGAGUGCAUCUACUCGUACGCGCGCUGCACCGGCGGAGACCAGUGGUUCUACAGCCGGAGUUGAGAUGAGUCGGUGGCCCGCAUGCAGCUCUUUGCGACAGAAGCCUGGAGAGCAGCUCCUCUGCUGCUCACACACUCUGCACAGUUGGCACAGCCUACUGUGCGGCUGCCACAGCCGUGACAGCGAUGGGCUCGCCCUCACUGGCCCUCAGUCACUUGUGCUGCGGCUUGUGUGAGCGACACUGCUCGGCGACUGCCGGCACACUGUGAGACCAUGGGUGUGAGGUAAAACCACGCUACCAGC